AUUGUUCGUAGAAAAUAUUAUGCUGAAUGGAUCUGUCUUUAGGACACGUUAAUUUGCUGUUAAAACAAAAUACAUUAUUUUCCUACAUUUCCUAAUUUUUUCUUACGGCAAAAUAAUUUGUAGAUCCAGCAAAAUAAUCCAGCGAAUAGCAAUUUUUAACGAAUCGUUGUGUAGUAACUGACGGAUUUUGUCACGACAGCAUAAAAUUUGCUGUGCCAGCAAAUUAUUUCUUCUCCGCGGAAAAGAGCAAACCCACGGAGGCACGUGACUUUCCCACGCUUUGACAAUUCGCCGGAAACAAUUUGAAAUUUGCCGAAGAGGACGCUUCUGAAAUUUCGCACGGAUGAAUCUUCUGUAUCGCGCGAUCACAUAGUUCGAGUACAAACAUUUGCACUCGAAAGCAUAUCGAACGAAGUUGCGACGUCAUACAAUGAAUUCAGGAAACUUUCACACAAAGACUGGUUGCUUGAUUUAUCGUAUAAGCACUCACAAGUCAAUCGAAACGUCUCACGCGCUGCACCACGGAGGAAGAAAGUAUUUCCCAAGAUCUUGCGCGCGAGAUGAGUCCUCCUUUUCAAGACGCGACGUUCCUUCAAUUGCGCCUUGACGCUAAUCGUUUGACCUGUUUUCUCGGCGAAUAAUCGACCAACCACGCAGUCUUCUCGAAUAUUGUCCGAGAGAUUCCGCGUCAAUGGCGCGCGCGCUGAAUUAUUACUUGAUUAAUUCACGAAACUACACAAUGUGUCCGAUCGAUCGGCCGAACGCAAGACCAGUCGUGAAUUUGGGCACGCAAUUAACCCUCCGUUAGCCGUAAUAUUUUCCACCCUUGAAUGGUCGCAAUGCGUCUUACAAUUAUCCAAUUUAUCCAAUUUCAAUAUAACUAAUUCUCCUAUUAUUUUCUUCUGCUUCUUGAAAUAACUUUUCUUUCAUCAGCACUUGGCUAAUAGACUAGGCAAUUAAAGUACAUAAAAAAUAAAUAAAAAACAAAUUGAUAAAUAUUCGAAUAUUAGAAUGGUGUCCGAAUAGAAAUGUUACUUCGCGGCUGGAUACCCACGAGGUUUAAUUUCCACUGAGGUAUUUAUUGGAUACUGCGACUACCUGAGGGUGAAAUAUUCCGGGAUAUCGAUCGAACGGUUGUGCUCGUGUUUUUUCGGCUGGGCUUUCAACUGGGUCACCGGAUACACGAAGAAAAAUUUGACCGGUGCUCGCUUAUCGCGGCUAAUUGCUGUAUCAAAUCCGCCGCCACCGCGGCGUGAAUCCACACACGGUCUGCACAGACCCCGGCUGGGAUUAAUCGCGGAAGAUUGCAACGCCUGCAAUUACACGUCCGCUGUGGCGCGAAAUGUGUUAUCGUGAAUCGGUGACGUCGGCCGCCCCGUCGUAUUUCUCCCGGCCGUUGUUAUCUCGAGAAACAUCUCUCAGUCACAACCGGAAACUCCGUUUCUGCGGCCGAUUUCGCACGGAUCGUGAGCAAUGACGCGCGAGCAAUGACGACGUUUACUCCCCUGCGUGUAACACGAGCGGCCGGGGCGUGCGAAGCAACAAAACAUUUUCAUUCCGCGCCGCACCGCAUUUGCCACUGAGACCGCCCGAUGGAAUUAACACUUGGCGCCUUCUCAACUCGAUUUUCAAAUAAUGUAAAAUUCAAUCCACCCGCCCUUCCACCUGGUGCAUUUCACAGCUGAAAAAUUCCCUUGACCUCGACGGGAGUCACGAAAUUUCGCUUUUGCACCUCUAUGUAAGAUGAGACGCUUUUGUUCCUCAUUUUCCGCCGAGAAGCUCGCGCGUCGCCGGCAUUCUAAUUCAAUUCCGAAAUUCGCUUGCAAAACACCCCUUUGAUCUCGCUUCUCUUUUCGCGAUUGGGAUAAAAUUUGCCGGAUCGAUGCGACGGCGACAUCACGCUCCUCUGCCUCGCGACUUUCACGAAGAUACCUCCGUAUUGCAUCACCCGCCGAAUAUAAAUUUCCGCGUUUAAAAAUCGCGCUCGCGACAAAUCAAUUCAAUUAAAUUCCCGUCCUCGCAAAUCCUUUUCUCAAGCGCCUAUCGGCGCCGUGUUGAAAUAGUCGCGAAGUAACGCUCGACCCGAGCGUUAUAACGAGCCUCCUACCAGGGCGAGCUUACGACGCGCAGCGCGCGUCGUUGUGCGCGUCGAGGCGCGCACAUAUGAUUCAUCAUGGACUAUAUGUGUAUAUGUACUCGAGCUUAGACAGAUCCCAACGCGAUAUAUAAAUGUCGCGCGAUGUUCUCGUACGAUUUGUGCCGGUGCCUGCCUCCGAGAAUAUUCGCGGUCGCGACCACUCGACGAUAUCCCGCCGAUUUAUUUCGUUCCCACCGAACGACGACGACGGCGGCGAGGAAGUCGCGUGUCAACAGCAACCGUACGAGGGCCGAUUUCGCACCUGGGGACCGCGCGAAAUCCGGAAAAGAUGCUCAGGCUCACUACUCUGUCGAGGACAUUGCAUCGGACUGACUCCAUGGUAUCGCUUUCUUACCGAUCGCUCGUGAGCCACAUCACAGAUGACAAUCUCGCCGAACUGCAGAAUUUUCUCGAGAAUAAGCGAGUGCAGAUCGACGACAGGGAUGAGAACGGCAGCACCGCCCUCAUCUUCGCAGCAAGCAAGGGGAAGAUACACUUCGUCCGAGCGCUCAUCAAUCAUGGAGCGGACGUCAAUGCUGAAGACGCGGACAACUGGUCAGCGUUGCUGUGCGCGGCGAAGGAAGGCUACACCGAGAUCUGCCUCGAGUUGCUGGAGCACGGCGCCGAUUUGGAGCACCGGGACAUGGGAGGAUGGACGGCACUUAUGUGGGCGACUUACAAGGGCAGGUCGGCGACGGUGACGAUGCUGCUGGGACGAGGAGCUGACGUCAAUGCGCACGGGAAUUUUCAUAUUUCCUCGUUAUUAUGGGCCGCUGGCAGGGGUUAUCCUGAUAUAGUGAAAGAUCUCAUUGCUCACGGGGCGAAGGUCAAUGUCGGCGACAAGUAUGGCACCACAGCACUCGUGUGGGCCUCGCGCAAGGGAAACGUAGAGAUCGUAGAUACUCUUCUCAAGGCUGGAGCUAACGUCGACACAACCGGCAUGUAUUCUUGGACACCGUUACUCGUGGCUGCGCUCGGUAAUCACGUAGAAGUGGUUUUACUACUGUUGGAUCACAAACCAAACGUGAACGCUCUAGACAAAGACGGCCUCACGGCACUAGCGAUAGCCUGCCGAGGGGGUUAUCACGAAAUAGUGAAUGCUUUGUUGAAUGCCGGCGCAUACGUCAAUAUCCUCGAUCGGACUGGCACUACGAAUCUGAUCCAUGCCGUUAAAGGCGAUCACCGAGGGGUAGUGGAGUCGUUGUUGAAAAAAUAUGCAGAUGUCGACGUCGCCGGCAAGGAUAAAAGAACCGCAACUUACAUAGCAGUAGAGAAAGGCCAUAUACAGAUACUCAAAUUAUUACUAAACGCUAACCCAGACUUGGAGAUUGCCACGAAAGAUGAGAAAGGCGACACACCUUUACUGCGGGCAGUGAGGGCUCGUAACGCCGAAAUGGUGCAAUUGCUUUUAGAUAAGAAAGCCAAGGUUUCGGCUACGGACAAGAAGGGCGACACUGUACUGCAUAUCGCGAUGCGCGCCCAAUCGAAAGCGAUCGUCGAGAUGCUACUGAGAAACCCAAAGAAUAGCCAGUUAUUGUACCGUCCGAACAGACAAGGCGAGACCCCCUACAGCAUCGAUGUCAAUCAUCCUAAGCCGAUUCUUGGACAAAUAUUUGGUGCUCGUCGUUUAAACACUAAUGAAGACAGUGAGAACAUGCUCGGUUACGACCUGUACAGCAGCGCGCUGGCAGAUAUCCUCAGUGAGCCGUCGCUCUCGACACCAAUCACUGUCGGCCUUUAUGCCAAAUGGGGCUCUGGCAAAUCGUUCUUGCUGAACAAACUUAGAGAGGAAAUGAAGAAUUUCGCACGACAGUGGAUUGACCCAGUGUUCCAGUUCUCUUCCCUGUUGUUUCUAGUAGUAAUCCACAUAUCCUUACUGGUAGCGAUCACCGUAGGCCUUACCUUACGGUCGUGGAUCAUCGGUCUUUCAUGUGGAAUAAGCCUGAUAAUUAUCAUUUAUUUCUUCCUGAUUCUCAUGUGGUACGCCAACAAGAGGUACGAUUGGUACUGGCCGUACAAUCUGACGGUGGCGCUCACCGCGAAACUGAAUGCCCUGAAGCUGGUGCUGCAAGUGAUCUUCUGUCAUCCUCCGGGUGGUCAGUCUCGUCAAGAUCGCCAGGAUGGCAUAGCUGUACAGCCAAUCAAGUUUUACUUCACCGAUCAAACUCGCGUUGGCACGACCGCCGCCGGCGAACACGCUGUCGUGCAAAUGAUCGGCUCGCUGUACGACAGUAUCGAAAACGACUUCGGUUCCUUGUCCACCAGACUGUACCGAGCAUUUCGGCCGAAACCCGACAAGUCGACCACCACGUGGAGGUGGAGACGCCUGUGUUGCUUGCCGUACAUAGUGAUAUUCGAAUUCUGCUUCUGCAGCUUGUUAGUCGGCCUCUCGGUGCUCACGAUUUAUCUUAUGGAUAUCUCGAAUGACGAGAUGACGAUAGAUCGGGUCACCUCUCACAUUAUCAUGAUCGCGAUCGCCUUGGUUUUGGGCAUCAGCGUCGUAGCUAAUCUGUACACCUGGAGCAGAACACUCCGGGCACUGGUAUUUUCGCAAAGGAGACACCUCCAACGGAGCAUGUCCAGGUUGGAGACUCUGAGGAGCGAAGGUUUCAUACAGAGUCUGAAGAGCGAAGUCAAGUUGAUGACGGAGAUGGUCAAGUGCUUGGAUAGCUUCAUGGCGCAAGAAAGCAGACUGGUUAUAAUAGUGGACGGUUUGGACAGUUGUGAGCAGGAUAAGGUUUUAGUUGUUUUGGAAGCUAUACAGACCUUACUCAGCGACAACAGAUAUCCGUUCAUCGUGAUAUUGGCCAUCGAUCCACAUAUUAUAGUUAAGGCGGUGGAGAUCAACAGCAGAAGACUAUUCUCGGAGUCGAAUAUCGGCGGUCACGAUUUCCUGCGCAACAUCGUCCAUCUUCCGUUCUACUUGCAAAACAGCGGUCUACGAAAAGUGAAAGUGGCGCAGCAGACCGCGCAGCAUUGCAAGAGGACCGCGUGGUCCGAGGCCGAGGAGAGCGUCAACUACACCGCCACCGGCACCAUGCAUCACUCGGUGUCGAAUCGGAGACUCAGCACGGAGUCGGCGAUAAUGAACAGCAACGAGAAGCUGAAGCCUCACACCCGCAAGGGCAGCAGGAAAUUGCGCUUGAGCGAGUCGAUUGCGAGCAGUAUAGGCAGCAACUUGAAUCGACUAAGCGGCGCGCAGGAUCUCAAUAAGAUGCUGCUCACUGAUGAUUACUUCAACGACGUGAAUCCGCGCAGCAUGAGGAGGUUGAUGAACGUCGUUUAUGUCACUGGCCGCUUACUCAAAGCAUUCCAGAUUGAUUUCAACUGGUACCACUUGGCCAGUUGGAUCAAUAUCACCGAGCAGUGGCCGUUCAGGACGUCUUCGCUCAUUCUUUACUACGACAUGUACGAAGACAACUUGGACGACAACAUGUCGCUGAAAAGCCUUUACGACAAAGUGCGGCCGCAAAUCCCGGUGCUGAAAGAAGUCCAACCCCUCCUGGAGAUGGACAGAGACGAGCGCAAGCUGGACGCCUGCCUCACCUUUCACCGCGCCAGACUGUUCGUCAGUGACAUGAAAAUAUUCUUGCCUUUCACCAUCAACUUAGACCCGUACAUCAAGAAGAAGAUAAAGGAGGAGCAGCAGAGUCUAGAGGAAGACGCGAGCUUUUACAGGACAGCUGCAGCCGUGCCUUACAGCACUCAGUUUCACCAAAGGGUCCGUGAUCCAGCCAAAAUCGCGAUGAACCGAUACCCAAGGGUGCAGAGGCAACCAAGCUUGCAGGAGCCGUUGAUACCGUCGUGGCCAUCAUUCCACCCCUAUGACUGGCAAAGGUCCUGGAUGCCAUCUCUUCCACCUCUUCUACCUUCAGAGUCGUUAUCGAAACCAACAAUACCCAUGCUACCAAAAUCAACAAUACCCAUGCUACCGUCCGAAAUGAUGGAGAUAAAGCUGUCGUCUUUGUCAGUGAACGGGGUCUGUGAACUGAUCGACAAGAUCGACAAUAUGAAUCCAGCUCAAAUUCCAACAUAUAAACACAUCGUUAAGGAAAGCAAUAUCAACGGACGAGUUCUACUACACUGCGAUCUGAAUGAGCUGAAAAAGGUGUUUAAAAUGGCAUUUGGAGAUUGGGAAAUUUUUCGUAUGGUUCUUGUGUCGCUCAGGGAAAUGGAAUUCUCGUCGUUUAUAAUAUGCGACGAGACUUCGAGAAAUGUUCGAUUUACUAUGGGAUCCGAACAAUCCACACGGAAAGAUUUGCAAAACAAUUCAAUACGUCCAAGCGCUCACACUGAAAAAGAAAAGGGAGCGUCGAGGACGGACGGAUCGUCCCGUCGGGACCAAAACAAGCAGUCUAUCAUGGAGAAACAGUUCCAGGUAACGUUGGAGGAGCAAAUGAUUUGCGGUGCUCUGCAGACCUUGAACGAGGAAGCCUGCGAGGAUGUGUUAGACAUACCAGUGCCAGUAGUGGUACCAACAGACUCACUUUCAGGAGCCACCGCUGCCCCGAUCCCGGACACGGAGUACGUGCUGCUGCAGGCCAGUCCGCUGUACCACUGGAUGCCUGUGAGCGACGAGCCGGACAGCUCGGACGAGAGCUCGCACGACUCCACGGUGUUCCUUCAGCGCACCAACUCCCAGCGUAGCAUCGCCUCCCAGCGUAGCACGAGGUCCGCCUGCUCGCACAAGCCGCUCAAGAGGACCUGCAGCAACGUCAGUACCAGGCCGUCCUCGCUCUUCGUCUCACCGCCGCCGUCGCCGAAACCGGCGUUCCGCUCCAAGUCCACCGACGAGAGAUGCAUGGGCAACAACAUCCCGCUCAAGAGCACGUCAUCGUCGUCGGCGAUGGCCUCGGCGAAGAAGAAGCGCCCGUCCUCGAUGACGUCCUCGAACGACGAGGUCGUCAUAUCGAUGCCGACCUCCAGCCUGGAGAAACUGUCCAAGUUGAAAGACCGCCUGAUCGGCGGCGGUAUGCAGAGCUCAUCGGCACCCGGCGCCGAGAGCGACGACGAGUCCACGCCGUUGGUGUCCGAGCUGUCCACGCCGACGCACUCCCAGUCGGACAGCGUCUUCAGGCACGAGAACAGCGCGGAGAACAGCAGCUCGCCGUCCUCCAACAGGAGUCUACCCCGGGACGGUGAGCGCUGCAUAGAGCUGGAUUACUCGGACACCGUCGGCCUGGUGAUACGGGAGACGUCCUCCGGCGACGUACGACCGUAUCAUCGGCAAAAGUUGGCCGACGACCACUGGGACAACCCGGAGACGCCCGUCUGAUACCUGUUGCUGUCGUCCGCAGGUAAUCGCUCGGCCGGAAGCGCCACGUUGCAUUCAGCGACGGGUGGGAAUCCGUAGAGGAGGAAGAGGAAGAAGAGAAAAACGACGGGGAAGAAGAGGAUCCUCAGGCACGUUGACACGCAAUAAGUGGUCGCAACGCACAACAUGUCGUUCGACUGAUUACGUCGUAGAAGAGUCUGCGACCUGAGCGGAUCCGCGAAGAAGGCCUACGUGUGCGUGUUUUUCGAUGAUAUAUCACGAUAAGGUAUCAGAUCCCCGCAAAUAGCGGACAGGGAUGAGAGCGUGGAGCGUUUACUUACUAGAUAAAACGUCAACAAACGUGUUCAUUCGUUCACAGAAUUGACACAGGCCUCGUCACGGCGAAGUGAACAUACGACAAAUGCCUUCUUCAGUCGCGUUGUGCAAUAGCCCCGAUUUAGCCGGGCGAGAUGUGUACGAGGUGACAUUCCGUGUAGAUAGUGUGAUGAUGCAUUUACGGUGUGAUGCGAACGUCCGUCAAUAUUUUCCUCUUUUUACCAACGACGAAACGCGUGUGACGAAACGCGCGCGAGCUCGACGUACAUAAUGUAACGCGCGACGAGUCCCGUCCGCGGGUGUACGUGGUACACGCGCGCCGGGACAUCCCAAUAACCCAGUAAUCGAUCUUGCGUCAAUUCAUCAAUGCCAGUGCAAAUAGAAGAUUUAAGGAGAAGGCGACAAAAGCGGAAACUGAAGUAUUUUAAAGAAAAUAUUCGAACGACCAGUAUACUUAUACUACGUAUAUAAAUUACGCGACUGUUGAUUAGAUUGAUACAUUUAGCAUAAUUCAUAGAGAAAAUUCCAUCUAUAUACUGACACAUAUAAUUCUAUGAAAUAAAAAUAUGUAGAAUGUUAUAAAAAAGAAGAAAUCCGAACGGCCAAUCAGUCAUUUAUAUCUCGCUCCGUGUCUAUUUCCAACAUCUCUUUUUUUAUCGAGAUUUUCGUUUUUAUCGAAUUUAGGGAUGUCGCGUUUGUGCAGCAGGAUCACUUAAUUGAACGCAAUUCAAUUGCCUUCGCUAUUUUCUUUUUUUUUUUGUUAACUCCUUGCGACUCUAAAAAUCUUUGAAUUCCAAUGUUAGAGAUAUUGGACUAUCAGAAAUAUCAAAACGCAAUAUUGCUGGUCUGGGCUAUUUUUUGUAAACACAAUAUUGCGUUUCUACUAGUCAAGGAGUUAAUCGGUAAUAUUAACACAUUAAGGGCGGGAGUCGUAGUACUACGAUUUAUCUUGACUGCGGCUUAAAGGCGGGAGUCGUAGUAAUACCAUUUAGCUCAACUGUACCUUAAAGUUUUUAUGAUCACACAAAAUAUCGCCCGCUCUAGGCCGAAAAACGAGGCGGGCGGCCGCUGCGCUACCUAGCAUACUUUCGUCGAGAUCGCCCGCCGUUAAUG